AUGGCCGAUGCGAUUGAAGAAAUUUUCGCCAAUGAUUCCCCGGAGGACAUCGAAACGGUGCGGAACAUGAUCGAAAAAAUCCGACUGGAGAUCAUGUCGCACGGUGAGGAGGAGUACGACUCGUACGAUCCCGAGAGCCUGCAGAAGGUCGAGUUCAACAUCCAGAUCAAUAGGGUGACAUUGAUUCUGCAGGAGAUGUCCGACACGUUGGAGGUGCUGUUCAGCUUGCCGUUGAUUUGUCGGAACGAAGAAUUGUUGGGGAAACAUUUUAACGGCGAGGAGCAGGAUGUGCUUCGUUUGCUGUGCAAGUACAUGAGAUCGGACGAUGAUGGGGAAGGGUACGUGCCGGAAAUUGUAAAUUUGGCAGAUUUACAAUUUCCUUCGACGAAGUUCAUCGAGUUGGUUGAAAUGGUAUCGAACAAGGAUCUUCAUAAGGAGAUUUCGAGUCACGUCAAGAAUCUACCGAAGAUCUACAAGAAAUUUUUGUCCAACAUACGCGAAUUCCGCAAGUUUACCAUCACCAAGAUGAAGAUGACCGCCCAGAAAGACUUAGCCAAGGAGAAGAUCCUCCAUCGGAUGUGGCAAUCAAACGAGCGCAACAUUAAGGAAAUUGCCAAAAUUGAGCAGGUUCUGGAAGAGAAGCGGGCUUCAUUUCAGGUGGAAAUCGAGGAGAAGACGGCCAUCAUCGAAAAGUAUCGGGCCGACAUUGAACGCCUGGAAGAGAAGAGCAAGAAGCAAAUUGACGCCUUUAUUGAGGAAUCCGAUCGGAAAAUGUUUCACUAUUUCGAGCGAAGUGAUCAACGUUACGAAGAGCUCCAGAAAGAAGUGAGCCACAGGACCAAAGAGUAUCAGAAAACCUUGGAAGCGGAUCUUCAAUCGGAAAAGGCCAACCGAACGAAGAAGGCAAAACUGACGCAACAGCUUCAGUUGUGGCUCAACAAGUACGACAAGGAUGCCGGCGAAAGGACCAAGGAGUUGAAUGCUUUGGGCGAUACAUUGCAAGAACGCCAGGAAGAGUUCGAUGAGUGGAAGCGCACUGUGUUCGAUCCACAGGAGAAGAAAUACUUUGAUGCAAUUGAAGAGCGGCGCCUGGAUGAACUGCGUGCCCAGGAGGAAGUCAUACACCAGUUCAUGAUGAAACGGGCGGCCAUUGUGCUGCAGCGUGCUUGGCGUUCCGUUGCCGAACGGAAACGUAAAAUGCGAGGACGCCGAGGAGGACGGCGUGCCAAGGGCAAAAAGUAA